AUGACGAGCUUGCACAUACUAAAACAAUUGCUCCCAUUGAAUGAGGAAGACAUAGAGAAGAAGACGUUUGAAAAGUUCGACGUGGAGAAUCUCCAGAGCUUCGUCAAGACUUCCAAGGGUAAGGAAGGGACGUCGUUGGAGCAGAUCAGAACAUUGUGCUCCAAUUCGUUGUUGUCUAACACGACAAGUGAGCAGUUGAACACUUUAAUUGAACAAUUCGAAACAUAUAAGCUGGAUAUCAGAUCGCAUCGGGCUAAGUUGAAGCCCAUUGAAACGGUGAUAGCCAACUUCAAUGCGGAGUUGAAGCAGUUGUCGUCGUCGCUCAUUGACUCGAGAGAGAAAUCGUUCCAACUUUCUAAGGAUUUGGUGGCACAGAGCUCUCUUACAGAUAAAUUGAACCCAAUAAUAUUGGACUUGAUGGUGCCUCCGGAUAUAGUCAAGUCGUUGGUCAGUUCGCCCAUACUGGAAAGCUGGCUAGAGAACUUGAGGUUUAUAAAUGAGAAAUUGCAGUUGAUUGACUCGAUUGAGAGGAAAUUGACUCCAGAAACGGCCCAGUACCAUGGCUCUGUAGCGUACAAACAGUUAACUGAGUGCAUUGACGCUAUGAAAUUCAAGGCUAUCGAAAGAAUUAGGGACCACAUCAUCAUCAAUGUGAAGAAAUUGAGAGCUACAAACAUGCAGCUACUGUCACAGAAUAUACAAAAGGAGCUUUUGGUUGUUAAGGAGAUUUACCCGUUUAUUGUCGAGCAUCAUCCUGAGUUGGCCAAGCAACUCAGAUUGGCAUAUAUAUACACCAUGAAGUGGUACUACGAGACUAGGUUCGCUAAGUAUAUCUAUGCCUUGGAGAAGUUGAAGUUGAGAUACGUGGAUGCAAGUUUGUUGUUGGGAAGCACGACUAGUGCUGAAGACAGAGGAGGGGGGAUAUUUGGAUGGUUCAGCUCCAGCACUAGCAGCAAUGCUGGCAGUAACGCCAGUGUUAAUCCUAGCGGUAGUGGGGGUUCUGGCAACACCAGCAGCAAUAACAGCAAUGGGGGCUCGCCAUUGAACGUACCUCACACACAUAAAAUUAUAAUGGCUGAAUAUCUACCAUCCAUAGAGAAAAGAAUUCAAAUAUUGCACCUGGCUCCCUCUGAAGAGGAGCAACCAGAAGAGGCUAUUCCGUCCCAGAUUGCUGAAACCACACCAUUUGCAUACUGGAUUGAAUUUGUCUACAAACAGUGGAGCGUUGCACUCAUUGACAACUUGAUAGUGGAGUACUUGUUCAUGGUGGACUUUUUCUAUCUUGGAGAUGAAAAAUUCGAUGAAGUCGAAAUAUUAUCCACUGAUGGAUCUGUGAAUAAAUCCACGGUAACUCCCGAUGGUGCACAAGCUAAUGGUGGAACCAGCGGUACUAAAACCACACUGUGGUCAACGAUCAUGUUCUCGAACGUCUUCAAGAUGGGCCAGGAGUUUGUCAAUUGGCUUAUCACAUACCAGCCUCUGGCAUUCCUGACGCGAAACCCCAACUCCAACACGAGAAUCAUUUCCUCUGCUGCGAACGUAGCGUCGGCAUCCAUAGGAUCUACCACUCAAUUUGGUACAUACGACGGGUAUGCCGUGCUACUUAUGAUUAGAAUGGUGCAGAUAAGUCAAUCGUCAUUGCAUAACGAAUUCCAUAUACCGAUCGCAGACGAAUAUCUCAACUCUAUACUAUUAUUGCUUUGGCCACAUUUCACUAAGAUUAUAGAUCUUAAUUGCGAGCUGAUCAAAAAGUCGGUGAUACACUCUUCCACCACCACCAAAUUCGACGGAGGAAACUUGGCGCCAGUAGGUGUGACGCAGCAGUUUGCCCAGUAUUUGGUGGGGCUCUUAAAGUUGGCAGAGUCUAGUUCAAACGAAAGCGGCAGCACCACCUCUGAGGUAUUCCAGGGGGAACCGUUGUUCACUUCAGUAAGUAGAUUAAGAAAUGACUUUGAAAGCUUAUUGACUAAAUUAAGUGGAACUAUGUUCUCCAAGAGCAAGAAGAUCGAAAAGGAAAUCUUUUUGUACAACAACUACUUCUUAGUGGUGAACAUUCUUAGGAAUGAAAAGGAGGAGAACAGAUUGUUUACAGAGCAGAUCGAGCAUUUUGAGCUAUUGUGCCAGGCUUACAAGAAAUAA